AAAUGGUUUAUUAUUGGUGUUUUUUGGCAAUAGCUAUGGCUCAGAAACCGGUAAAUAUGAGGCUCUGAAUACGAUAAUCUGGCAACGGUGGACCCAGCGGGACGUGGAGGCGGCGAGGCGAGGCGACACAGCUGGCUUGACGUGCUCCAGGCGGCGGGAUUAUUACCUCAAGAACAGAACCCUCACACUACACAGCAAGAUGUCUCACUACAACUUCAAGAAGAUAACACCUGUCCCAACAGCAAAGGACUUUGUGGACAUCAUUCUGUCAAAGACACAGCGCAAGACCCCAACAGUUAUCCACAAACAAUUCAAAAUCUCCCGCAUCCGCCGCUUUUAUAUGACCAAAGUGAAGUACACGCAACAGAACUUCCAUGACAGACUCACUGCCAUCCUCUCUGAGUUCCCCAAGCUGGAGGACUUACAUCCCUUUUAUGCUGACCUGCUGAACACACUGUACAAUAAAGACCACUACAAGCUGUCGCUGGGCCAGAUCAACAUGGCACGGCACCUGGUGGACAAGGUGGCCAGUGACUACACGAAGCUGCUCAAGUAUGGAGACUCACUUUACCGGUGCAAGCAGCUCAAGCGCAGUGCUCUGGGUCGCAUGGCAACCAUCAUGAAGAAACAGGCGCCUCCCCUUAAGUAUCUUGAAGAUGUGAGGCAGCACAUCUCUCGCCUCCCCUCCAUCGACCCCAACACUCGCACCCUCCUUGUCUGUGGCUGCCCCAAUGCAGGCAAGUCGUCUUUCAUGAACCUGGUGACCCGGGCUGACGUGGAGGUCCAGCCGUAUGCCUUCACCACUAAGUCCCUCUACGUGGGCCACACUGACUACGAAUACCUCCGCUGGCAGGUGAUAGACACACCCGGAGUGCUGGACCGCCCCUUCGAUCAGAUGAACACCAUUGAGCUGCAGGCCAUCACUGCGCUCGCUCACAUUCGUGCAGCUGUCAUUUUCUUCCUUGACAUCUCGGAGACCUGCGGUGUCUCCAUGGACCAGCAGCUCAAGAUUUACGAGAGUAUAAAGCCUCUCUUCUCCAACAAGCCCCUGAUUGUGGCCUGUAACAAGGUGGACAUCACAGGCCUGGAGGACCUGGAGCAGAACCAUCCUGAGAAGCGAGCUCUAGUGGCUCAAAUAGAGAAGGAGAAUGUGCCGGUCAUGCAGAUGUCCACCCUCACACAGAAGGGUGUCAUGGAGGUCAAAAAGGAGGCGUGUGAUCGUCUGCUGGCCAUGCGUGUGGAUGCCAAGAUGCGCACCCGGAAGGCAGACUCCAUUCUCAACCGUGUCCACGUGGCCAUGCCAGCUCCUCGGGAUCAGAAGGAGCGCAAACCCUUCAUCCCUGAGAAUGUACUCAAGGCCAAGGACAAGGGAACAGAGGAGGGGGAGGAGCCCAUGGAACUUACAAAGACCAAGAAGCUAGAGAAGGAUAUAGAAGAAGAGCUGCAGGAUGACUACUCCCUUGACCUGAACAAACAUAAGGACUUGGAAAAUGAAGAGUGGAAGUACGACAAAAUCCCUCAGUUCUGGGAAGGAUACAAUGUAGCUGACUUUGUGGACCCUGAUAUCUUGAAGAAACUGGAGGAGUUGGAGGCAGAAGAGGAGGAGCGAGAGAAGAAUGGCUUCUACAAGUAUGACAUCCAAGAGGAGGAUGAGGCUAUGAAGGAAAUCCACCGCCUUGCCCAGAAGAUUCGGGAGAAGAAGAUCAUCAACUCCAUCAAUGCCAGGAUUGACAGGCCCAAGAGCAGAGCAGUGAUGCCCCGCGCCACCAAAAAGAGGGAGCGUGAGAGGUCGGUGUCCAGGCUGAGGUCUGAGUUUGAGGACCUGGGUGUGGACAUGUCUGAGGUGGAGGGCUGCCAUUUCACCCGCACCCGCAGCACCUCCCGCUCCCGCCCGGCCCUCAAGAAGGCGCGGAUGGACUCUGAGGGACGUGUACGCUCUAGCUCCAAGACUCCUCGUGAUCAGUCUGGUGUGCGGGACCCCAAGAUGGCCAAGAAGAUGAAGAAGAUUGGCAAUAAGGCGCAGUCAGCCAUGAAUAAGGACGGCCGGCGAGGCGAGGCUGACCGUCACGUAUAUGACCUGAAACCCAAACACUUAUUCUCAGGCAAGCGAGGCCUUGGCUCCACCAGCAGCAGAUAGAAAGGCUGCUGAGACCACCAUGCUGGUGCAGGAUGGAUACUUUCAGAAAUCAUUAGUUUGUUGUUUUAUGUAAUCAGGAUAUUGUUGGGGA